AUGUCAGAUGAAAAACACCAAUCGGAUAUAUGUGACUUGUUUAAUAAUAUCAUAUCUAAAAUAGAUGAAUUACAUUUGCACCCCCGAAAUAAAAUCCUGCUAUACAGUCGCUACUUGCUCUCGAAAAUCUCAUGGGACUUCACAAUAACUGAUAUAUCUCAAACAUGGGUUUGCGAGACUUUGGACGGUAUUGCUACUAAAUAUAUGCGAAAAUGGCUCGAACUGCCAAUAUCUGCAACUCUAAGUAAUGUCUAUCUCCCUUACAACAAAUUUAGUUUAAAUGUCAUUCUACCUUCAACGAAGUUUAUACAGUGCCAAACUGUCUCACGCUUAGCUUUAAAGUCAUCGAUAAAUGAAAACAUACGUGAAUUAUGGUCAAUAACAAGCACCAAUAGGAACAUUCAGUACGACAUUUACUCAAACACAAAAGAUGUAUUGAAGGCAUUUAGACAAAAAAACGAACAGCGACUACAAAAUAACCUAAUUUCACAAGGUUCUUUUUUCUCAAACAUCGUGAAAAACUCCACGUUGGCAUUCAAUUCCCUAUGGUCAUCGGUUCAUUCAAAACUUCCUAAGAACAUAUUUAACUUCAGUCUACGUUACAUCAACAAUUCUUUGCCUACUAGGAAAAACAUAGUUAAAUGGGGACUGUCAUCAUCUGCUGACUGUUCGUUCUGCUUCUGCCCUGAAUCGCUUUUGCACAUAAUCUCUGGAUGUAAGACAUAUCUAAACGAAGGGAGAUAUACAUGGCGACAUGAUUCAGUUUUGAAUCUCAUUGCGUCCAGCCUUCUCGUCGUCGGAAGGUCCAAAAUGUAUGUAGAUCUGCCUGGAUUUAUUAGCCCAUCUGUCAUCACUGGUGACGAGUUACGACCAGACCUUCUAUUGACAAUUGAAAAUAAGAUUUUGUACAUUCUAGAAUUAACUGUUGGAUUCGAAACAAACCUGAAAACUAACUCAGAUCGAAAACAUGAAAAAUUUUUUACUCUAAUUACCGAUCAAGAAAAUAUAUAUGAUGAAAUUAAGUUUGUUAAUGUAUCUAUAAGCUCUUUAGGUGUAUUUGGUGAAUCGACGAAUACUUUAUUUGAUAUGCUCCAUGAUCUGAAGUACGACGAACAAUGUAUUAAAUAUGUAAAAAAGAAAAUAAUUGCUACUUGUAUUCGCACGUCAUAUUAUAUAUUCUGUAGACGAAACAAAGACUGGAACAACCCAGAACUUUUAAACUUUUAA